AUGGCAAGUCUAUUUGUUCGACAGCUAUGGUCAGGUAUAGGAUGUUCAUCAAUUCUUCGUCCAACUGUCAACAUUCAACCAUCUAUACGAACAAAAAUGGUUCGACGUGUCAAUCGUCAUCGAGUACCAACACAUACAAAGCCAAGCGAUAGAUGGGCGCAGAAAAAGACUGUAGCUCGCAUUAUGGAAGCUGAUGCUAUUUAUGAUGAUGAAUUUGCUAAAAGAAAACCGAUUGAUAAAAUAUGGCUAGCAAAAGAAUAUCCUGUUCGAUCAUGGUCACUUGAAACAGUUUUGGAAUGGCAUCGAGAAAUGGUGCAACCAAGAAUGCUUAAUUCAAUGGAUUCAUUUGUUUGGGCACGACUUAAACUUGAUAUGACAACACCGAAGAAGACAAAAUUUGUUGAAAAUGUCAGAGGUUUAGUAACAUUUCCACACUAUUUUGAAGAUCGGCCACGUAAAAAUGUUGUGCUUUUCUGUCGACUUCCUGAACAUAUAAAAGCAGCUGAAAAACAUGGUGCCUACAUGUCUGGUUAUACUGAAGUGAUUAAACAAUUUGAACGAGGUGAUGUUACAGAUACAAAUUACGAAUAUGUAUUAUGUGCACCAGAUGUUUAUGCCGAUAUUUUGCAUUUAAGAAAGAAAAUUUCCAAAGAUAAAUUUCCAAACCCGCAAUAUGGUAGUCUUCAUCCCAAUGUUGAUAAAAUGUUAGAAAAAUUUAUUCGUGGAAAAGAAUAUCAAUCAGUAAAGUAUGAAGAAGCUCGUGGCAUACUUGAACUUCGAUUUGGCAUAAUAAAUAUGCCUCAAGAACAAUUAAUAGAGAAUUUUCAAGCAUUGAUCGAACAAGUGAGCACUCAUUCACAGACAAAAGUUGGCCCAUUUGUAACUGGAUGUUCCGUCUAUUGUCCACCAUCAACAGAAGAAUUUCGAGUUGAUGUUACACCAUUUCUUCCUAGUGACGAAGAUGUCAUUGAAAGCAAAGAACUAGAGAAACAAGUUGUUGAUGAUUUAAUUAAGAAAUCAGCACCGGAAAUAGGUGAUGAUAUACUGAAAGCAUUACCACCAGUAAAAUAA